AUGGAGACCCUGGAAGAAGCUGAACUCUGCUUUCCACAACUACUCAACACCUCCUGCAGGAAGCCAAUGCAGCAUCGUCUGGACAGCAUAUUCCUGUACAUCCUGCUGUCUUGCAUUUCCUUGCUCACUGUGGCUCUGAACCUGCUGGUCAUCAUCUCUAUCUCCCACUUCAGGCAGCUUCACACCCCCACCAACCUUCUCAUCCUCUCGCUGGCUGUCUCAGAUUUCCUCGUUGGCCUCCUGCUGAUGCCUGUUAAAAUCCUCCUUAUAGGGGGCUGUUGGUUUUUGGAGAGCUUAAUGUGUGGACUAUUUUACUAUGCCUCUUUUAUUCUUACAUCUGCCUCAGUAGGAAACAUGGUGCUCAUAUCAGUUGACCGAUAUGUGGCCAUUUGUGACCCUUUGUGUUACCCAACCAAAGUCACUCAGAAAAGAGUUAAAAUCUGUAUUUGUCUGUGUUGGGCCUGUUCUGUGUUUUAUAAUGGUGUGAUACUGAUUGACUUUCUGAAACAUCCAAAUAGAUUUAGUUCCUGCUAUGGAGAGUGUGUAGUUGUAAUUAACUUUAUAACAGGAGCUGUUGAUGUCCUCUUGACCUUUUUUGGCCCCAUUGGUGCAAUCAUAGUUCUGUAUAUGAAGCCAGUGCAGCAUCAUGACGAAAGCAUAUUCCUUUACAUUCUGCUGUCUUGCAUCUCUUUGCUCACUGUGGCUCUGAACCUGCUGGUCAUCAUCUCUAUCUCCCACUUCAGGCAGCUUCACACCCCCACCAACCUCCUCAUCCUCUCGCUGGCUGUCUCUGAUUUCCUCGUUGGCCUCCUGCUGAUGCCUAUGCACCACUCUUCUGUUAUAUCAUUCGUGGCUUUCCGCAUUCGACUGGAUCUGCCAUAUCGCAGCUUGUCUGAGUCCUAUCGAGCUGUUGAUGUCCUGUUGACCUUUGUUGGCCCCAUUGCUGCAAUCAUAGUUCUGUAUAUGAGAGUAUUUGUGGUGGCUGUGUCUCAGGCUCGAGGUUCAGUCAAUGUAACCGCUAAGAAGUCUGAGAGAAAAGCAGCCAGAACUCUUGGUGUUGUUGUGGUUGUGUUUCUAAUAUGUUUCUGUCCUUACUUUGUCCCAUCUCUUGUGGGCCAGGACACGUCAACCACUGUGGUAUUUUCAAUAUUUGGGGUCUGGCUACUUUAUUGUAACUCCUUUUUUAAUCCAAUGGUCUAUGCUUUUUUCUACCCCUGGUUCAGGAGAUCUAUGAAACUCAUUGUUACAUUUCAGAUACUGCAGCCUGACUCCUGUGAUGCCAACAUCCUGUGCCCAGAUUGUAAAAUAUGA